CAAUUAACCAUUUAACCAUUUAAACCCCGCACUGUAGCCCCAAAACCCAAUAGUUAUUUACGAAAGCGCCAUAGUUUCUCAUCAGCCGUCUCCUUUGCAGUAGAAAGUGAAAGAUUAAAAAUGACUUUAUCAGAAGAUGAAACUAAGAGGCUGCACAGAAUAAUGAAAACAGUGCUGCAAAUGCUUAAAGAUAGGGGCUAUUUGGUUACGGAUGCUGAAAUUAAUAUGACGAGGCGGCAGUUUAUCGAUAAAUAUGGCGACAACAUGAAGAGGGAGGAUCUUACCAUGAAUAAAUCUAAGCGUGACGGCACUGAUUCGAUUUAUGUAUUCUUUCCUGAUGAACCGAAAGUUGGUGUUAAGACAAUGAAGACUUAUACCAAUCUUAUGAAGAAUGAAAAUGUUUUCAGGGCCAUCUUGGCUGUUCAACAGAAUCUGACGCCAUUUGCUCGGACAUGCAUCGCAGAGAUAUCUUCAAAAUUCCACUUGGAAGUUUUCCAGGAGGCAGAGCUGUUGGUUAACAUUAAAGAGCAUGUUCUUGUACCCGAGCACCAGGUGCUUUCAAAUGAAGAAAAGAAGACAUUGUUGGAGAGAUACACUGUGAAAGAAACACAGUUGCCUCGUAUUCAGAUUACUGAUCCUAUCGCUAGGUAUUAUGGGUUGAAGCGUGGACAAGUUGUGAAGAUCAUCAGGCCAAGUGAGACUGCAGGACGAUAUGUUACUUACCGAUAUGUUGUAUAAAUACUUCAUAAUAUUACUUUCUUAUGCGUAAGAUUUAGUUGAAUGUUGUACUCUAUUCAUGAUUUUGGCAAGCGCAACCUCAAAAAGAUGGGAAUUUGGCCCUUCUAAAUGUUGAGAGAUCCGAUGGCUUUGGUGCAAAAAUGCAUUUGGCCUCAAAGAUCUGCAUGAUCCAUUGAUGUUCUGUACUUCCUUGUGUAUACUGCCAGCUUUUGUGGACUCUAUUUCUUUAAAAUUUCCAAUGAUAUAAGCCAUUUUUUGUCC